CACCUUCUUGAUUUGGUUGGAUUCAAACCCAUCAUCCACACUGUACAUCCCUUCUUCCUUCUUACUUCGUCUUAUUCUCCAACUCAUUGCCAAACCAAACACAAACUUCUUCUUCUUCUUAUUCUCUCUGUCUCUCUCUCUAGACGACGUCGUUUCUUGUCGGCCAGCCAUGUCGUACGACUACCUCUUCAAGUACAUCAUCAUCGGCGACACAGGUGUAGGGAAAUCGUGCCUGCUCCUCCAAUUCACCGACAAGAGGUUCCAACCCGUUCAUGAUCUCACCAUUGGUGUUGAGUUUGGUGCUCGCAUGGUUACCAUCGAUUCCCGACCUAUUAAGCUUCAAAUAUGGGAUACUGCUGGGCAAGAGUCUUUUAGAUCCAUCACUAGGUCGUACUACAGAGGAGCAGCAGGAGCACUUCUAGUUUAUGACAUUACAAGGAGAGAGACAUUUAAUCAUUUAGCAAGUUGGUUGGAAGAUGCCCGGCAACAUGCCAAUCCUAAUAUGACAAUCAUGCUCAUUGGGAACAAGUGUGAUCUGUCUCAUCGAAGGGCAGUGAGCAAAGAGGAGGGGGAGCAAUUUGCAAAAGAAAAUGGACUUUUGUUCUUGGAGGCUUCUGCUAGGACAGCUCAAAAUGUUGAAGAGGCUUUUAUAAGGACUGCUGCAAAGAUUCUUCAGAAUAUUCAGGAAGGUGUCUUUGAUGUGUCCAAUGAGUCAUUUGGUAUAAAAAUUGGCUAUGGACGUCCACAAGGUCAAUCAGGUGCCAGAGAUGGAACUGUUUCUGCAAGAGGUGGGUGUUGCAGCUGAUUGAGAAGAUAACAACUCUGAAUCUCAUCCUUUUGUGCAUCUAUUUCUGCAUUCCCUGUUUCAACCGAGUGUAUACUCUCUAGACUUGACAUGGAACUUUUGGAUAACACUACAAUUUCAUGUAUAGAUCUAAUCUCAAAGGUGUUCUUGGGACAGAUUUGACUACAUAGUUGUUAAGGUCUACUAAAUGUUUAAAAUGGUUGGCUGUUGAGUUCAAUGCCAGGUGUUUAUUGUUUAUAUCGUUUUAUUGUUAUUUGCCAUAAUAUUUAUAUGGAGCAAUUUUUUAGUAGGUUGUUAGAAUAUAUGAAAUAUUCAAAUUUUUUUAAUCGUAUCUUAUCUUCUAGGAUUAGUUUCAUUAUUUUCUUAU